AUGGCCGACGUGGACGUUCCCACUGCCAAUAAGGCAUUCGUGCCUCUUGAGAACAACCCGGAAGUCAUGACAAGCCUAGUCCGAGAACUCGGUCUCUCGCCUUCGCUUCAGUGGCAUGAUGUCUUUUCUCUGACAGAGCCAUCGCUCCUCGAGUUUCUACCCCGCCCCGCCGUUGCUCUUCUACUAGUCUUUCCUGUCACCGAGACAUACGAGAAAUUCCGCAGAGAAGAGGACGCGUCCAAAGAAGAAUACACUGGCUCCGGACCAGAAGAGGAAGUCGUCUGGUUCAAACAGACCAUUCGAAAUGCAUGCGGCCUCAUGGGACUCCUUCACGCUGUCAUGAACGGCGGCGCAAGAGAAUACAUCGUGCCUGACAGUGACCUCGACAAGCUACGCAACGCAGCAAUCCCUCUCAAGCCAUCUGAGCGUGCUGAGCUACUCUACCAGAGUAGGUCGCUGGAGAAUGCACAUGCCACCGCGGCGCAGCAGGGCGACUCAAGUGCCCCGGAAGCUGAAGCUGCGAUCGAUCUUCACUUCGUUGCCUUCAUCAAAGCUCAGAAUGGCGACCUCUGGGAAUUGGACGGAAGGAGGAAAGGACCUCUUAAGAGAGGAAAAUUAGGCGAGGAAGAUGAUGUGCUGAGUGAGAAGGGUCAAGAGCUUGGUGUACAGGCAUUUCUGAAGCGGGAGGAGGCGGCCGGAGGAGGUGAGUUGAGAUUCAGCGUGGUCAUGUUGGGCCCAAGCAUGGAAUGA